AUGGCUGUCUCGACUCCCACCGUACCCCGGUUUCCUCGGUUCGAUCCGCCCAUCGAUUCCCGCUCGCCUUCCAGAUCCCCUCGCCGGAAAGCUCAAUUCGCUAUCAAGGAGCUUGACCCGUUGCUGGGGAACCUCUCCCCAGACUCUACCCUGAAGGCUCUCCAAGCGACCGAGAUAAUACCCGGUGGGCCGGCUCAGGAUGCACUGGCCUCGAGCAUUGGAGAUGCCACUCCUGCGGAACGAGAAAUAGGCAUAAGAGCGGCAUUUGCUGCACAGAAGAUCCGCGAAUGGCGAAAUGAACUGUCACAAUGGAGUUGGCCGGGAAAACGAGAGCGCACUCUGGGCUUGGGUUUUAUUCCGCCCCGAGAGGCCAGGCAGGCGGACACUGAAUAUCGUGGGUAUCUGCCUCAGUCGUUGGCCGAGCAAUACGAUGCAAGACUUGAGGAAAUUAGAGACAAUCUCGAUAGUCUGGGCAUGGAAGAUAUCAAAGACCAUGUACUAGAGGCACACGUUCCGUCUGCAUCAUCACCAGCAUCGCCCAGGUUCCCGUCCGUUCGUACGAGCUAUGGCAGGAUGCGCGACUUCACCGCCUUGAUUACGGCUACGGUCAUUCAGGCACUUCCCGACCUUGCGAAGUUGAACGCCUUGCUUGAUACAUGGGACAUACGUUUGAGGGUGCUGCGAGCCCUUCCUACUUUCCUUCCAGCUAUGCAGUCAACUGAACUUGCCAUUGAGGCGGCAUUCAAGGAGGUCAGGGAUGUGGAAUUGGCGCAGCAAGUCACGGCAGAGACUUUGGAGUCCAGGAAAUUGGUACUAGGCGGACGAGUCUCUGAUUUGGGACGAUGGAUCGACCGUCUCUUGGAUAUGCUUGAAGGACAGGAAGAUUCGUUGCCCCAAAGCUGGAUCGACAAGUUGGAGAAGAUUGAGCUUGAUUAUGCGACGUGGGUGGUCGACGCGCAGCAUCUGGUCUUGCAGAACGAACUGUUGGCCAAAAAAGUUGAAGCUUCCGGAGAUGUGACCUUGCCCACGAGCCAAGAUUUCGAAGGACCCGGCCCUGGAGAAGCCGACCAUGAAAAGGAGGUCGUACCAGAGCCACAGAUAUCCCACUUGCCAGGUCCAUUUGACGGUCACAGUAAGACACCGGACUCGCCCAUUACAACCCAUGUCGCUUCUCGUCCGAAACAAAAGCCAUCCCUCAAGCUCGACUUGCCUGAUCAGAAGGGCCACAAGCGAGAAAUAUCCAAGGUGUCGAUCGCGGACUCUACGUAUUCGACCUUCUCAGACAUAUCUAAUGCCGAGAUCAUGGAUGCCCGAACCACCAGCGUGCUCCCCAGUCCGAAAAUUAGCCUGGUGGAAAAUCCUUUUCGGACCAGUCGAGAUGAGCUCACAUGGUUUGGGAAUCCAUCUGCCGCCCAGCAACAGAUGGCGACUAGGCCACCUGUCUUGCAGCGAGCUUCUACCGCCUCCAUAGAAGUUGUUCCAAAAGAUCAGCUCAGGGAGGUCAUGUUGAGACGUACCGUCAGCUGGGACAUGCUCUCUCAAAUUCCGUCAAGCCCCGAAAGUACUCCGACAAAAGCGUUGAGACAGCUAACAGGAUCUGCUUCUCCUGGGCCGAAGAUACCAAUGCCCGAGCUGGAGGCUGAUUUUCCCUCUCAGUCCUCUCCAGUUCGAUCAGCCGAUACGAGUCCUUUGGCGACGCCUUCAUUGCAAGUCGAGCCUCUCCAUAUUCAGAGCAAGGAUCAACAUCCAGAUACUCAGCUUCUGCCGUCUCUCCCCCGAAGGUCGAGCAAGAGAGCCGCUGUCAGCGGCUAUGCUCUAUCUUCUCCUCGUGAGCUUCUGGCAACCCAAUCGACCACACCCCAAGAGAGUGAUCAAAAAGCUCACACCCAAAAGGUGUCGAAACAAUCUCCUGAGGCAUCAUCACCUAAAACGCCUCGGACCGCUGAAUCGCUGGACGAUAAAAUACAAGACAUACUCACUACGCUGCCAACCAGGAUCCGGCUGGCCAAGGACACGGCAUCAUUGAACUCUGUCCAGCCCUCUUCAAAAUCUUCUACACGUUCUUCCACCCCGACCCCUUCUCUGACCUUGACACCAGCCAAACUAGAGCCUUCAAGCCGCCAAAGCAGCACCACAGACCCCGACGUCAGUGUGUAUCAUCUGCGGCGCACUGGCCAACACCGAGAUGUUCCUCCUGUGAGGCUAUUUGUCCGGACAGUUGGAGAAGGCGGUCGUGUGAUGGUGCGCGUUGGUGGAGGCUGGGCUGAUCUGGGCGAAUAUCUAAAAGAAUACAGCUUGCAUCAUGGGGGUAGGGCUGCCGUUGACGGCCGCCUGGAGGUAGCCAGCUUCCCAAGCAGCGGCCAGAAGGAUUCGGCACUUACUACCAGUGGGGCUGGCGCAUCAGCAGGUCAAGUUCGACGCAAGACGAAUUCUCCUUCGGCCAUUCAAACAACUUUCGGCCACACUUCCUCACCUGAUCCAGCCAACCCAGGCAGGCGAACAUCAUCAAGGCCCCGUUCUCCUGAACUUAGCCGAAAAUCCCCAAGGACAGCUGAAAGUUGGACUCCACCGCCGGUACCACCCAUCCCAUCCACAUUCAACACGCCUUCUUCUGCCGUAAAAGCUGCCACCGAAGCGGGUCGUGGCACUGCCACCAGCGGUGAGGUCCAGGAGAAAGGUUCGACCACUGUCAAGUCACCGCAGCCGUCAGAUUCUGGUGGGUGGCCAGCUAGUGUACGGUCAUCCGUCACCACCAGCAGCUCCGGCGUGACUACUACGACGGUCAUGACGCCUCCAAUCACAACCACGAAUUAUACGCCUCUGGGUGCUGCCGGACCGAAACCGACUGGACGCCGAGUAGCCAGUAUUGGAGCAAGCAAUGAUGCUUGGGUUGAGGGCAUGGUGGGCAAAGCCCGAGUCGUUAGCGGGGGGAGUUCCAAUAUGGUACAUGGGCCAACCACCACAACCACCACAAGUACUACCACUACAAUUACUUCGAGCACCCCUACGACACGCCGUGCGUCUUACUUUGGCUCGAGUCCUAGCUCCAAUUCCAGCCCUGUGACCGUCUCCUCGAGCCCCAGCGUUUCAUCUGCGGCUAGCGAUGCCAAGAGCCGACGUGCGAGUCUGGCCAUGAGGCCUAAAAGCCGCUUGAGCUUGGGUGACAUGAGUGGCAUUAGGCGAGUCUUCUUGCGGAAGAAGUCAGACCAAGCUGUGCGAUAA